AUGAGAGUCCUGAGCGCUGUAUUCCUCGUGUGUGUUUUCACCGGGUCUGUGAGAGGAGAUUCAAACAUCACAGAGACUCCAGGGCAGACUCCAGGGAAGACGCUGCUGAAGUCCGGCUUCCAUCUGUAUGCCGAGGGCUCGGUGUUCGAGGAGACCUGCGCCCUGGUCCCGUUCCGCCCCGAAAGCCUCCAGAGGUGCGGAUACAACGCAAGCCUUCCUCUGGUGCUGAUCAUACACGGCUGGACGAUGAACGGACUCAUGGAGCAGUGGAUCUUCAAUCUGGCGUCUGCGCUGAAGGUCCGGCUCGAGCAGGUCAACGUGCUCAUCAGUGAUUGGAGGAUUCUGGCCCUUCAGCCGUACCCAAUCGCAGCCAAGAACAGCAGACAGGUGGGCCGGGACGUGGCCGCGCUGCUCCAAUGGCUGGAGGAAGCUGGUAAUCUCUCUCUGGAUCGAGUCCAUCUGAUUGGCUACAGCCUGGGAGCGCAUGUGGCUGGGUUUGCGGGAAGCCAUUUCAGAGGACGCAGGAAAGUGGGACGCAUUACUGGUCUGGAUCCGGCCGGGCCGCACUUCGAAGGUUUGCCGGCGUUCGACAGACUGUCUCCGGACGACGCUCAGUUUGUGGACGCCAUCCACACCUUCACCACAUCCAGCAUCAUGCCGGGAGUGGGAAUCAAGCAGAGCGUCGCGCACGUGGACUUCUAUCCCAACGGAGGAUCCUCUCAGCCCGGGUGCAAGAUGCUCGACAUCUACAGUAACGUCUUCCAGUACGGCCUGCAAGGUGUUCCUAAGACCAUUAAAUGUGCCCACGAGCGCGCAGUAAAACUCUUCACCGACUCCUUGAUCAACGCCAGCCAGUCCAUAAUAGGCUACCGUUGCCGUGACGACAGCACCUUCAACAAAGGCCUGUGUCUGGACUGCAAACAGAUGCGCUGCAACACGCUAGGCUACGAUGUGCGGCACGAGCGCGCGGGGAGGAACGCUAAAGGCCUAUACCUCAAAACCGGCCCUGAAGCUCCAUAUAAAGUGUUUCACUACCAGAUCCGAGUCCAGCUGACGAACCUGAUGGAGCCGGUCGAGACCUCGCUGUUGGUGUCGCUCAACGGGACCCGGGGCCUGGCCCGAGACCUUCCCCUCAGCCUGUAUCAGGACAGCAGCAGUCCGAAGGCCUUCACCUCAUUGGCUGCGGUGGCCGCUGAUCUGGGUCACCUGACGUCCAUCAGACUGGUCUGGAAGGGAGAGCUGGUCUGGUCAAACUGGCUGAGGCGCGUCAGGAACAUCAUGAGCUGGAACGGACCCGAUCAGGACCUGGAACUCAGUGUGUGGAGGAUCCGGAUUAAAUCUGGAGAGAGUCAGGAAAAGAUGUGGUUCUGUGGUGUUUCCGCUGAAGUCACGCUUCUGAAGGCCUCAGAGGAGCAGGUGUUCAGACGCUGCAGAUCCUCGUCGACAGCAAAAGCUCAGAGGAUGAAGACACAGACAUGAAGACUCACAGCCAUUCAACCCAGUCUUUUUAUUAAUGCAUUUCAAGUACUCCAAAAAAAUUACAUCUCUUUGCACAAUACGUUUUGAAAUGUUACGUAAAAAUGUUCAAAGUGAACAAAAAUUUAGGUACUGUAUAAAACACAGUGAACAUUAACAGACAGCAGUAUUAAUCUUUUUUGUUCAUUCGUUUCUCAAUUUUAGUGUUCGGCCUAUUUUCACCUACAACAUUUGGACUCGAUUAAGACUUUUUUUUUUCCAGUGCACUUUUCCUCUAUGAAAUUUCACCAAGACUACGUAAAAAUUAAAAGUCAAAUACAGGCAAAUAUUCAGAUGUCCUCCAGUCCAGGCCGCCGCAAAACCACAGAAGCGCCGCUUUGUUUCUUCAUGGCAGACGGCAGUAUGGAAAAGAAGAACCGGAUGUGGCUCGGCGGCCGGCCUGGACUCGACAAACUCUUGUCUAGAGGUGAACAAAAGAAAAGUAUCAAAAUGUACCUUCGAAUAUAACAGAAAUUCUCCAGUUACUGUACAUAGUUUACACCUGCUGAGAUGAACGUGACAUAAUCAAAGUCCUGCUCUCUGUCAGAGAGGAUGAAGGGAAGCGUCCUCAAACGCACGCGUGAUGUUCCCUCGGCGAGCGGCCCUUCACACACCUGAGACUGCCGCCCAUCUGCAGGACGAUGAGGAUGAGUCUCAGCGGACGCCACUGAAGGACUGUAAACUAAACCUUGUGUUAAUAGUACCGUGAGAAUCCUCUACAGGGAAACUGCAGCUAAAACCUUAAAACACAUUUGCAGGGAAUAAUCGUAACCGGGGUUCAAAUCAACAUUUCGUACAAUUCCACGUGAGCAGAUCUUCACAGCAAACGCUGGAUUUGAACAUCCCAAAAACACUUUCAGUUACUUCAGUCAUCUGGAAUGAGUGGAAGCUUGUUUCUGCCACGGAAUAAAAUAAUAAAAAGUCAGAAUUGCGAGAAACGUAUGAAUUGUGAGAAAAA